AUGGGCGAAAGUGCCGCCACCACAUUUGCGUCCAUCUUCGUUCUCGCCUUCGGAUUUGCUGCUGCGGGCUUCAUCUACCAUAGGAGCUACAAGAUGCUCGUCUUGAAGAAAAUGACGCGCGCAUUCGAACCAGGCGACCCGGUUCUCGACCUGGCGACAACCGCCAAGGAAGUGCCUCGAACAGUGGCUCCCGAGGAUGAGCAUUGGGUCCAACGCCCUGAACAGGAGCAUGUGGACAGAAUCAUUGACGGCAGAGAAUCCGGUCACUAUUAUCUCUUUAUGGGAGAGAAGGGAACUGGCAAAAGCAGCAUGCUCAUCGAAGCCAUGCGUAAGAGUGACGGCGAUGGCGUGGCCAUGUUUGAAGCCCAUGCCGACACUGAAAUCGUAAGAAUACGCCUAGGAAAGGCUCUCGACUAUGAGUUCCACGAGGACUACAUUGGAGGUUACUUCAGCGAACGAGGCCCUCGUGAGACCACUGCUCUGCUUGAUAUCGAACGAGCCUUGAACAAGCUAGAAAAGGUGGCUAUGAAGCUCGUCCAAAAAAGGAGAAAGCCGCUCGUCGUCAUUGUAAACCAGCUGCAUCUACUAAGGAACAACGAAGAAGGCAGAGAUCUGAUUGAGCUUUUCCAACAGCGCGCUGAACAGUGGGCAGCGGCAAACCUGGUCACGAUGGUAUUCAAUACUGACGAUUACUGGGUGUACGAGCGACUAAAGCUCCUAGCCACUCGCAUGGAAGUUCUCGCCGUUACUGAUCUACCCAAGUCCCAAGCCAUCAAUGCCCUAAGGAAAUACCGUAUGCGAUAUUUCAAGGAGAUUCCAAACCACCACGAGCUCGAAGAUGUAUACGAUCGCAUCGGCGGCCGCUUGAGCUUUUUGAACCGCGUGGCAAAAAGCAAGGACAUGGUUCGCACGUGCGAGCAGAUCAAAGAGACGGAGAAGAAGUGGUUUCUCAACCAAUGCUGGAUCCUUGGCUCGGAGAUGGACGAUGACGUGAUGGAUCAGCAGAAAUGGGCGGCGGCUGCCAUGGUUCUUGCUCUGGCGCUUGUUGACAAAGAAGAAGAGAUGGCCAAAACAUACGAUCCAGUCGUGGGCCACCUGUUGCCAACAUUCCCUUUCCACAUAGCUCAGGAGCUCAUGACCCGAGCCGACUUCAUCCGAGAUCUCGAUAGUCUCAAUCUCUUUACUGUCACCAGCCAGGCAGACGUUCGCGCAAGCAGUGUCCCGAUGCAUCUCGCCUUCAAGGAGAUAUGCGCCGAGCCUCGAUUCCGGCAGCACCUGGAAGAUACCAUUCAGAGAAUCUCUGAUAUCGAGAGUUUGGGCCGUACCCGAGAGCUCGUUGCCAAGGAUCUGGUCCUUGGUGGCGAAUAUGACAUUCAGACAACCCGCAAGGGCAUCACGGUCAAACUGAAGCAGCCGGAAGAAAAGGACGACUAA